CGUUGCAGCUCUUUCCAUCCACAAUCUAUCUGCUGCCAUGAGGAGCUUUCUGAUCAUCUGCUUCAUCUGCGUUCUUCACUUUUUCGGGGUUGCCAAUGGAUCCACUGAUAUGCCCGAGGAAUCCUUUCCUCCGCCUCCCGGAUUCAACGCUCCCGAGCAGGUGCACAUAACGCAAGGCGAUCACGAUGGGCGGAGCAUGAUAAUUUCGUGGGUGACGCCGGUGCAUCCAAGCCCUAACGCCGUCACGUAUUGGGAGGCGGAGGGCGGCCACAGGCAUAAGUCUCACAAGUCUAACGCCGUUACGACGACGUAUCGGUAUUAUAACUACACUUCGGGUUUUAUUCAUCACGCCACCACUAGGAAACUCAAGUAUGAUACCAAGUAUAUUUAUGAAAUUGGGCACCAAAACGCAUCCAGGAGGUUCUCAUUCACAACUCCUCCUCAACCAGGACCUAAUGCUCCUUACACUUUUGGAGUAAUUGGGGACUUAGGGCAAACAUACGAUUCAAAUCGAACUUUGGAGCAUUAUAUGUCUCAUAGCAAUGCCCAAACAAUGCUGUAUGUUGGAGAUCUAUCGUAUGCAGACAAUCAUCCUUUCCAUGACAACACCAGGUGGGAUAUUUGGUCACGGUUCGUUGAGAAGAGUGCUGCAAAUCAGCCCUGGAUUUGGACUGCCGGCAACCAUGAAAUCGACAUGGCCCCUGAAAUCGAUGAGAAUACACCAUUCAAGCCAUUUAUGCAUCGAUUUCAUACUCCUUACAUGGCCUCGGGUAGCAUCUCUCCUUUGUUUUACUCGAUCAAGCGUGGACCGGCCUACAUUAUUGUGUUGUCGUCCUACUCGAGUUUUGCCGUUUACACCCCUCAAUACCAGUGGUUUCACGAUGAGCUACCUAAGGUGAACCGAUCCGAGACUCCAUGGCUGAUUGUGUUGGUCCAUGCACCGCUGUACAACAGCAACGAGCAUCACUACAUGGAAGGCGAAGGGAUGAGGGUUAUGUUCGAGGAUGCGCUUGUGAAGUACAAAGUCGACAUUGUCUUUUCCGGACAUGUCCAUGCCUACGAGCGCUCGCACCGGAUAUCGAAUGUGCAAUAUAACAUCACAAAUGGACUAAGCACGCCGAUUAGAGAUCCCUCUGCUCCUGUGUAUAUUACAAUUGGCGAUGGCGGAAACAUCGAAGGCCUCGCCAACGAGUACACAUCUCCACAGCCCGCUUACUCGGCCUACCGGGAGGCAAGUUUCGGCCAUGGAUUACUCGAGAUCAAGAACAGCACCCACGCCUUCUUCACAUGGCAUCGAAACCAGGACAGUGAACGUACUGUGACCGACUGCUCGUGGUUCUACAACAGACAUUGGCUCCCACACGAAGAGCCUACUUGUGAUCCAAAAACGGUUUAGAGGUUUGGGAUUCUUGAAGCAAUUUAGGCGAUUAAUUCGGUCCCUAUAGAUUUCAUUAACAUAGUUAUUUUUUUUUUUUAAAAAAUUUAGUUACAUUAGUUUUGAGCCUAAUUUAGGCUGAAUUUUGCU